GGCCGGUUAUCUUCUUGGCUUUGUUUGCCUCGGGUUUUCACUUCCGGGCGCUCUGUCCCCUUCUGAAGCUGUGUCUUUCGGGAUCGUUCAUGGUGUUGGGGCCUCAGAAAGACAAAGAACAAAGCUGGGCGAAGAUGGCGGCCACUUUAUUUAAAAUGCGUGCAGGAGUGGCCCAUUCCUGACUCCCCGGGAAGUGGGUACAGGACGGUCCGUGGAUCCGGUGGUCUUUCCACAAAGAUCUGUGAAGAUGUCUGGGCAUCUUUUGACUUAGUCAAUCGUUGGCGCUGGAAUUGGUGGUACUUCCUCAGCCUAUUACCUUCGGAAGAAAUUUGGGAAGGAUGUGAAGAUUGACGUAUUUGAAAGAGAAGAGGUCGGGGGCCGUCUGGCCACUUUGAAGGUGCAAGGUCAUGACUACGAGUCAGGGGGUUCUGUCAUCCACCCUCUAAAUUUGCACAUGAAGCGUUUUGUCAAAGAGCUGGGUCUUUCCAGUGUUCCAGCUUCAGGUGGCCUGAUGGGGGUGUACGAUGGGAAGUCUCUGGUGUUUGAGGAGAGCAGCUGGUUUAUAAUCAACAUGAUCAAGCUGGUGUGGCGCUAUGGAUUUCAAUCUCUGAGAAUGCACAUGUGGGUAGAAGACUUGCUGGACAAGUUCAUGAGGAUUUAUCGUUAUCAGUCCCAUGACUAUGCCUUCAGCAGUGUAGAAAAGUUAAUGUUCGCUAUUGGAGGGGAUGACUACGUCCGACUGCUUAACCAAACUCUCCGUGAAAACCUGCAGAAAGCAGGUUUCUCUGAGACAUUCCUCAACGAGAUGAUCGCUCCUAUCAUGAGGGUCAAUUUUGGUCAAAGCACUGACCUCAACGCCUUUGUGGGGGCAGUGUCAAUGACAGCUGCUGAUUCCAACCUUUGGGCAGUGGAAGGUGGUAAUAAAGUUGUUUGCUCAGGGCUCCUUCAGGCCUCCAGCAGCAACCUUAUAACUGGCUCCGUAGUGUCCAUAGAGGAGAAGACAAGGACCAAGCAGACAGGAAAUCCCACGAAGAUGUAUGAAGUGGUAUAUAAAACAGGAUCUGAGACCCAUUCUGAGUUCUAUGACAUUGUCCUUGUGGCUGCUCCAUUGAACCGCAAGAUGUCUGGCAUAACUUUCCUCAAUUUUGACCCUCCCAUUGAGGAAUUCAAUGACCCAUAUCAACACCUGGUGACAACUUUCAUUAAAGGAGAACUCAAUUCCACUCUCUUCAGCUCCAGACCCAAGGACCAGUUUGGCCUCUCCACAAUUCUUAUCACUGAUGACUCAGAUAUGUUUAUUAACAGCCUGUCCAUUGUGGCCUCUGUAAAAGAGAAGGAGGGUCCUGCACGGGCGGUGGAUGGCAUGCAAGUGUGGAAGACCUUCUCUAGGGACAUUCUCACCAAAGAGCAGAUUUCAAAACUCUUCCUGUCCUAUGACUAUGCUGCUCGGAAGCCAUGGCUGUCCUAUCCUUACUAUGAGCCCCCUCAGAAGUGUCCCUCCAUCAUCCUCCAUGACCGACUCUAUUACCUCAACGGCAUUGAGUUUGCUGCCAGCUGCAUGGAGAUGAGUGCCAUUGCUGGCUACAAUGCAGCUCUCCUUGCCUACCAUCGCUGGAAUGGCAAUGAGGACAUGAUUGACCAGGACGACUUGUAUGAAAAACUUAAAACGGAGCUGUAACUGAGCACUGCCCCUCCCCAGAGCACCCUUCUCUUGAAGGACUAAAUCAGCAGAGAUGAUUUUGAAUCUUUACCAGCACCCUUCAUGUGGGUCAUGAGAAAACACAGUGUUCCUGUUCACUGGAGAACUUGAUCUUCGGCGAGAAUGUCUUCACUCUUCCAUUUUGCAGGGAGGGAUAGGAGGAUUGAACCUAAGGCCCUGUGCAUGCUAGGCAAACACUCUACUACUGAGCUGAGAUACAUCCAACCUUCUUUGUGGAUUUUCUUUUGAGACUGGGUCUCAGUAAGUUGUCCAAGAGGAGUCCUCCUGCCUCAGCCUCUCGAGUACCCCCAGGCUCUUACCAUUACGCCUGGUUUUUAACUGUGUGUGGGACACUGACAGAGUUUCCCAGGGCUUUGGUUGUCUUUUUUUGUCUGUUUGUUUGUUUGUUUUUAAUCUUUUUUUCUGUUUGUUUGUUUUGUUUUUUUGAGACAGGGUUUCUCUGUGUAACAGCCCUGGCUGUGGCUGUCCUGGAACUAGCUGUGUAGACCCAGCUGGUCUCGAACUCAUAGAUCUGCCUGCCUCUGCCUCCCAAGUGCAAGGAUUAAAGGAGUGUGCCACCAUCGGCCAGAGUUUAAAGAGUCACCUGGAAUUUGAUAAACCCCUGGAUCUGAAUUCAGUGGGCCAUAUGUGGGUGACCUGAAUUUGCUUUAAAUCGUAGAGCAAUCUUUUUUUUUUUCUUCUCUCUCUAUUUUUUCUCCUUUGGGGGAGGGUGUUUAAACUGUCUUACUCUGCACCUCAGGCUGGAAGUCAUUAUGUAGUCUAGGCUGGUCUUUAAAUCACAGCAAUCCUCCUGUCUCAGCCUCCCAUGUGCUGGGAUACAAGCAUGAGGUCCAAGUCCUGGCAGUUUAUACUUUUUUAUAUAAAUGUGCUCAAGCUUGAAGUCAUGACUUUAAGAAUGUGAUUUUUUGAUUGCCCUUGUCUUGGUUUUUAUCAUGGAUAGAUUCAGAGAUAGGAAGAGAGAUAUCCUGUGAAGUGGAAACAGGAUAUAGGCUAUUAAAUCAAGAAAUGGACACUAUAAUACAAGGUCUCAUGUAAGGAGGUUUGUGUUUUUUUUACUUAUGCUAGGAAUUGAACCCAAGACCAUGAGGAUCCCAGGCAAGGACAAGUGCUCUUCUACUGAGCUACAUUCCCAGCCCCAAGAGCUUCAGGGCCCCACAUCCAGAGAAUGGGAUUUCCUGCGCUGAGGAUGGGGUCUUGGCCCUGUAGCUUUGUCAAGUUCAAGUUCCUAGCCUAUAGCCAAAGGUGAGCAAGUCCUGGAUGUGGGGGCUAAACCUUAGAUAGAGAGCUUUGAGUGCCUUAAAAGUGCUAAGGAACACAAACCAUGACCUCAGCAGACCUGUACCAGAGGUGACUGCUCAGUAGACCCUCAGCAGUCUCCAUGGAAACUAGCACUGCUGCAGAGGCAGCUUGGGUAAGCCCAGAGCGGCUAGCCUUAGAAAGGGGUCUUCAUGGUGACUUGAGUUCAGAGGGAAUCUCUCAGAUGCUGGGCAUUUGGGGUGAGAGGCCUGAAAUCUUAAAGACAGUGACGGGCUCUCAGCUGUGGUUGCCUGUGGAGUCCAGGCUUCCUGUGUAGUCAAGCUCAAGAAAUCUAGCUUUUUGUCCACUGCUCAAAGUCACCAGUGACUAGUAUUAAGCGAUAAAAGUAAUUUUGCCUGCCUUGGUGGUACAUGCCUAUAAUCUCAGUACUUUUAUGGCAAAAGUACGAGGAUCAAAAGUUCAAAGCCAGCCUGGGCUGUAACAACACCCUGUUUCAAGGAACAAAAACCAACUCUUCACCAGAUUAUAGCGCUGCAUCAGCAAAGUGUUCUAAGAAAAUACUGAUUUUUAAAAAUUAUUUUUCUCUUGUACAGCUGUGGGUAUUAAUACUGUCUGGAGAAAGCAGCCAUGAUAUAUUUGGUGUAGUGACAGGAAUUAAACUCAUAGUUUAUCAAAAGGUUGGUAUUUUUUUCUGAUGUGUUCAGAACAUUUAUAUUUUUUCCUGUUGUGGUUUUAACAAACAUGGUUUGUCAAGAAUAUGAGAUCACUGUUGUGAAUUUGGGACAGUGCCUCCUCAUCUGAGGGAUGUUUCAUGACCCCCAGUGGGCAGUCAGAGCUGGGAAGCAGUGAGCCCCAUAUGUUCUAUUUUCCACAUGUACAAUAUACCUGUGAUAAAGUUUUAAUUUAUAAAUUUGGCAUAGUAAGAGAUUAACAACAUUAAUUGUAAAAUAGAAAAAUUUUAACAAUUUGCCAUAAUGGAAAUCAAUUAAAACUUACAACUUA